UCUCGAGCUCGUUGUCGAACCGUGGAUAGAAGAUCUGUGGCCGGCUCUCUACCAAUCACUAGGACUCCCCUACGACGGGGAACCCGCGGUGUCGUCCCCACAGCAGGGCGUCGUACUGACAACUCCAGGGGGCACUGACGUCGGAGUGAGCGCGCGAGGGAGUGAAGUGACGCACGCGGUGUCGUCCCCACAGCAGGACGUCGUACUGACAACUCCAGGGGGCACUGACGUCGGAGUGAGUGCGCGAGGGAGCGAAGUGACGCACGCGGUGUUGUCCCCACAUCAGGACGUGUUACUGACAACUCCAGGGGGCACCGACCGCAGAGUGAGCGCGCGGGGGAGCGAAAUCACGCAUGCGUCGGACGACGCUCCUCGGUCCGGUUCCGGCCCCGAUCCGAGAUCCGUCGUCGUAGAAACAUCGAGCGGCGUCGUCGCGAGUGCAGUUGCUAUGGCGACGAGUACGAUGCUGCGCGCCGGCUCGCCUCGUCGGACCGCCACCGACAACUAUCACACGGCGAGCGAAUCAUCAGUCGAACGGUCGCCGGCCGGAAGUGACUUACCGGCCGGCAGUGACGUACCGGCCGGCAGUGACGUACCAGCUAACAAAAAAUCGGAAACAAACGACAACACGUCGGCUCGCGUUGAUACGUCGACAGACGGAAGGUUCGAAUCGGUUGACGUGGAAUCGCCGAUCGGGACGAAGCCAGAAGAUGCUAGAGAGGCUUCAUCACCGAACAGUACGGGCGUGCUUGAAGAGGGAAGCCAUCCUGUCUGGCAUGCAUGGGCUGCAGAGCUGAGGCAGCCUAACCCGCAACUCGCAAAUGCCAAGCUGAAAAUACCAGCACUGCCCGUAUCGUGGCUGGAGGUGCAAUUCGACUCACGAGAGGAUCAGGAUAGAGGCACAGAUCUGUCUAAUGGCGGAGGAAUUGAGGCUCGAAUAGUUGGUGGGAAACAACUAAGUCGACAUGAUGCUGUGAAAACAGCGUAUGAGGUCACGUUGGACAUAUCUGAUCUCAAUUGGGAGUAUGAACCUGGUGAUGCCUUUCAGAUGUCCUGCCCUAAUCCUGAGAAGGAAGUUAAUGCUCUCAUACAAAGGCUGGGACUUGAAAGCAUAGCCGACGCGUCGUUCACGCUGGCGGUCAGGGCGGGCGUGCGUAAACCCCGAGCAGCCGUUCCCGCCCACCUCACACGUCGCACACUCGCCGGUGUGCUCCUGCACGACCUAGACGUACGCGCGCUGCCGUCAAAGGUCAGUGAUGGUUUCUCUGAGAUUUCGGGUGAAAGUUUUGCAUUCGUGUUAAAUCGAAUACUUCAGCAGUUGCCAAGACUGGCAGCAAGGUUUUACUCUGUUACAAGCUCACCUCUGAAGGAUCCCAGCAGGGUACGUUUUGUCUACAACGUGUCGGAGUACGAGGGGUUUGACGGCAUCGGGAGACGAGGCGUCUGCACCGGGUGGAUCACCGGGCAGCUGCUGCGGGCGGCGGGAUCACGCGACACGACCGACGUGACGCGGAGAUUAGCGUCCCUGACCCUCAACGAUAGCGUCACGGUUCCUGUCAUGCUGAGGCAAAGCCAGCAUUUUCGCCUCCCGCGAGAUCCGUGUGUGCCAAUUAUCAUGAUUGGGCCAGGGACUGGUGUCGCCCCCUUUAUCGGUUUUCUACAACACUUAGAUGCGCUACGUACUAGCAAGCCGGAUAGGGCGACGCCCGACUCCUGGCUGUUCUACGGAUGUCGCCACAGUGACAGGGAUCAUCUGUACAGGGAGGAGAUGGAACGAUUUCUCGACAGAGGCACCCUCACCAAUCUGUCGGUCUCCUUCUCCCGCGACCCACCGGAGGGAGCCACGCGCCAUGCCAAGUACGUGCAGGACAACAUCCGAGCGUCCGCGCGCGAGCUCGUGCGCUGGAUCGUCGAGCGCCGCGCCGCUGUCUACGUCUGCGGCGACGCGACAAACAUGGCCGCCGGCGUGAUGGCGGCGCUGACGGAGGCGUACGCGGGGUCGUGCGAGGUCGCGGAGGACGAGGCGCGCGCGUACGUGCGGCGCAUGCAGGACGAAGGACGCUACCUGCAGGACGUCUGGACGUGACGCGAUACGCGAGGAUAUUAUUAUUAUUAUUAUUGUUUAUUAUUAUAAAUAAUAAUAAUUAAUCAUUAGUUAUUAUUAUUAUUAAUAGUAAUAAUUAAUAAUUAAUCCCCGGCGAGGAGGGUGAUCACUUCGCUUCUUUCUCAUCUACACAAAACACUCUGAGAUGGGGGGAAGGAAGGGAGUGAUGCGGGGGAGAAACGAGAGGCCCUCCGAUGGGAGAAAGGCUGAAGAAAGGUGCGUCGUGCACGUGAGGCGUAGCAUUGCACGAGUGCGUGCGUAGACUUGAGAAAAAGCUGCUUUACAUGACGCAGAACUGCCGCUGCUACCGCCUCGUGGGUUUAUCAGUCGAUGGCAGCACUGAACUACAUACUGAUGGCGUAGGGCAGAGAUGCCAACCACUACGAUUUAUCCGUAUUUUAUACGAAUUUCUAUUCCUUUUGCACCACUACGACC